AUGGUGUGCCAACAGCAGCACGCGCGCCACAAGGCGCCGCACUGCUCGGAGGCGCUGCUGGAGCGCGCAUACACGCUACCGCCGCGCUGGCCGAUCGAUGCUUUCCAUCUGAUCAUGGAGCUGGGCACGCCGGGCUCGUGCGAUCUGUACGCGCACAGGAGCAGAGGCUUUUGCUGUGACCUCGGACGGCGCGAAGGUGGCCGGCACCAGCGCCUCACCGAUGAGCCCGAGCCGCACAUCAUGGAGGCCAUCGCGUCCUUCCUCGAAGACUGCUCUCGCCGACCUGCGGCACGCCGCUGUCGGGCUCUCGACCUCGGUGCAAACAACGGGUGGAUGACCGCGGCAAUGCUCGCUCUCGGAAGCCACGUGGUUGCUGUGGAGCCCGCGGCCGACUUUGCGCGAGCGAUCAAUGAGACGGCCGCGCUCAACUGCUGGUCCGAUCGGCUGACCAUCCACAACAGCCGCGCGUGCGUUCGCGGCAUCGCCGAGUGCUUCGAGCCGCGGCACUGCCCAGACUGCUCCGGCUGUGGCGGCUGGCGGUGGGGCAACAUCUACGGUCUCGACCAGAAUAAGGUGAGGUACGGCCGCAACUGCUCGAGCCAGCUGACUCUGCCGGACAGCGUGAGCGGCCGCGACUUUGAGGAGCUGCUCUGGGAGGCCGCGGGCGCCGACGGCCGGAUCGACCUUCUGAAGAUGGACGCCGACGGUCCCGAGGGCCGUUGGAUGAGCACGCUCGAGCGGCUGAUCAGCGGCGGCGCAGACAGAGAGACCAAGGAGAGGGGCGCCGGUGGCCACAGCGGCGGGCGGCGGCUGCGCGUGCACACGAUCAUCGUCGAGGCGUCGCAUGUCGAGCCGCGCACGAUGGUGCGCUAUCAGAGUGUGCAUGGCUACACGGUGCUGCGCCUCGAUCAGCACGACGGCCGACGGUGGCUCACGCCCGAGGGAUUCGACGCCUUCAGCGCCGAAGGCACGAUCGAGCCAGGUGAUCGGAAGCACUGCAAGUACUCGCCGCCCACGCGCCUCGCGCCGAUGGGCGAUAACGUCUCGCGAUUUGAGCUCGAGGACGAGUGGUUUGGCGUGCGUGCGAUGCGGCAUGUCUUCCAUAUCAAGCCGAAUCUGACGGAGCAGGGCUGGACGACGAUCAUGCAGCCUGCGAUCAGGUGCAGCUACCCCGGGCAGUACGUGCUCACGCUCGACUCGCCGCGCCGGCUGCUGCCCGAAGAGCGCUCGUUGCGGGCGUCGCUCCCCGGCUACCUGGCCUCGCCCGAGUACCGCCACAUGAAUGCGCAGAAGGAGCUGAUGGGCGCGUCAGCAAGAGCGACACCGACGGCGAGCGCGAGAGCCUGA